UCUCCAUCUGAUCAAUCUCGUCCGAAACGUGAACGAUGGUGUACGCGCUGCUAGAGCGUUAGUGUCAUCGCUAUCAUCAGCGGUUUAGUGUGUUGGUUUUUGUUGAAUUGGUGUCCUUUCGUUAUCUAACGUUAAUCUUCGUAUCGUAACCAGUUGUUAACCUCAUCAUGCCAUCGUUGCUGCUUUGCGUGUUAGCACUCGCCACAUCCGCUGUUGGCUUUGCAGGCGCUCAAGGAUUUAACGGUUCCCCUACACGACGAUCGAAUACCUGUAACGGCGAAUGUGUGCAAUACUAUCUGUGCAGUAACAAUCACAUCAUCAGCGAUGGAGCGGGCGUAAUUGAUAUACGCGUCGGAGAGGAUGCCGCGGAGGAUGCCGAGUGUCCCAACUACCUGCACAUCUGCUGCGAGAAGGACUUUGUGCUCGAUGUGCCACCACCGUCCCUUACCUCCGCCGCUCCACCACGAUCCGACGUUGGUGGAUUGGACGUACGCCGUCCAACGUGUGGUUUGCGCAACUACGAUGGUGUCGGAGUCCGCAUAACGGGUGACGCCGACGGUGAAUCGCAGUACGGUGAGUUCCCAUGGAUGGCGGCCAUACUGCUCGAGAAAUCCGCCACCGGUACGACGCUGAACGUGUACCAGUGCGGUGGCUCACUGAUCGCCCCGGAAGUGGUGUUAACCGCAGCGCACUGCGUGUUCAACAUGCAGAAGGAACAGCUGUUGGUUCGCGUCGGCGAAUGGGACACACAAACGCGGGACGAGUUGCUUCCCCAUCAGGAUGGCCAUAUCGCGGAAGUCAUCACGCACGAAGCCUUCAACAAGGGUUCGCUGGCGAACGAUGUGGCCCUGCUCAUCAUGACAGAACCUUUCAAGUUGGCCGAAAACGUACAGCCGAUCUGUCUGCCACCGAAGGGCACUACGUUCGAUCACAGCAAUUGUGUCGUUUCCGGCUGGGGCAAAACCGUGUUCGGCAAGGAGGGCAAGUACCAGGUGAUUCUCAAGAAGGUGGAGCUGCCGGUUGUUCCGCACGGCACCUGUCAACAGGCGCUUCGAUCCACGCGGCUAGGCAAGCGAUUCGCACUGCACCAAAGCUUCCUGUGUGCUGGAGGCGUUGCCGGACGGGAUACGUGUCGCGGGGACGGUGGCUCUCCGCUCGUCUGUCCCAUACCGGGCUCGGCGAGACACUACUACCAGGCCGGUAUUGUUGCGUGGGGUAUCGGGUGUGGCGAGAACGGUGUGCCCGGUGUGUACGGCAAUGUGGCCUUCUUCCGCGACUGGAUCGAUAAGAAGCUGCUGGAAACGAGCAUUCUUUCCAGGGACUAUGUAUAUACGCCAUAAGUUAACUAGCUUAAAAACUCACUUAUGAAUAAAACCCAAAACUGGUUCCUAUAAACUUCGAAUUCCGUAAGCGCAAGAAUUGUGAAUGCUUAUUCCGAUCGAUACAAACCAAACAAUAAAGCGACGAUAGGGAAACCCCUUUAUUAAUCACAUAA